CCCAAGGCAACCAUAUGCAGCAUCUAUUCUCAACAAUCCAGCUAUAUCUUCUACAAGAACAACACUUGGGACACCCUACGCCUGCGUGAUCAACCCUUGAGAUUGAGAGUGAUUUUAAAACCCCGGAAAGAUGUUUGUACUCUCUCUCCUUGAAUCCGCUGCCAGCGAAGUAGUGAGUAAGGUGACUUCACUCGCUACUGAUCAAUUGAGACUCGAUAUCGUCUGGGGCUUCCGCGAAGAGAUAAAUAAGCUCAAAGAAUCCUCAACUCUGAUUGGAAAUAUAAUCCAUGAUGCUGCUCAUGAACCUGAAGAUAGGAAACUGCGGGCAAGGGCCGAAUGGAUGAAGAUGCUUAUAAGCAUAGCUUAUAAUGCAGACAAUAUUCUGGAUGAAAUAGAAUAUGAAGUUCAGCGUAUCGUUAUAAAGGAGACGAGCCUGGAUAAGAAGAUACUCGGCUUCUUCUGCAACAAUCCUGUUGUAUUUCGUCUCAAGAUGGCACGCAAGAUCUACAACAUCAACACAUCCUUGGAUGAUCUCUACAAGCAAGCAGCCAGUGUGGGACUCGGCAUGACAAGGAGAUCAAAUGGAGGUGCAGCAGCAAGUAAAGAUAAGCGGGAAACAACCUCAUUCGUCGAGAAAAAUGAAUUCACCUUGAAAUAUGCAACCAUUGUUGGAAGGGAUCAGGUUGUGUUAGAUAUUAUUGCAACCUUGACCAACUCCAACAAUCAAGAAAAUAUUCUUUCGGUGAUGGCCAUUGUGGGAUUGGGAGGCCUAGGUAAAACUACUUUGGCUCACUCAGUUACCAAGCAACUGAAAGAAGGUGAAAUGAAAAGGUUCUUUGAUGCAACAUUAUGGGUGUAUGCAUCUAAUACUUUUGAUGUCAAUUCAAUUUUACGUCGAAUGCUGGAAUCAUAUGACGACGUGACUGGAGCAAAUCUUUCAAGUCUGGAAGCAUUGAUUGGAAGCCUCCAGCAGAAGUUGAAAGAGAGAAGGUAUUUUCUUGUACUUGAUGACGUUUGGAAUGAGGAUGCUAAUAAUUGGGAUGAUUUGAAGCGUUGUCUAUUGCAACUAAAUUCUGCUAAAGGAAGCUCUGUGAUUGUCACCACCCGUAGUGCCAAGGUUGCAUCAAUCAUGGAAACACUUCCUAGGUGCGAUCUAGAGACUCUAUCGGAUGAUGAAUGUUGGUCCAUAAUAAAGGAUAGAGCAUUUGCAGAUCCUAAUGCUCCGAUUCCUUCAGAUCUAGAGGGAAUCGGAAGGGACAUUGCCAAAAAGUGUGCUGGUCUUCCAUUGGCGGCAAAGGUUUUGGGAAGCUUGAUGCGUUCUAAGAACGGUAGCAAUGAAUGGUUGUCAAUUCUGCAAAGUAAAAUAUGGCAGGUACCAUCAGACAAAGAGGAUAGCAGGAUCAUGUCGGUUCUGGGGUUGAGUUUUGACAAUUUGGAAUCACCAUUGAAACAAUGUUUUGCAUAUUGCUCCAUGCUCGAGAGAGGUUCCUCAAUUGAAAGAGAUAACUUGAUCCAAUUAUGGAUGGCUCAAGGUUUUCUCCAUCCUUCUCAUGGUCACCAAACCGAGCAAGAGAUUGAAAUGGAGGAUAUAAGCAGUAAGUAUUUUGAGACUCUACUAGAGAACUCCUUGUUUCAAGAUGCUACAGAGGAUGAGGAUGACUAUCGUGUUAUCAUCACCCGAUGCAAGAUGCAUGAUCUUGUGCAUGAUCUUGCAAACGAAGUAUCCAAGUGUGAGAGCUGGACAUCAGACUUCAAUCAUGAGAUGGAAGAUCAUGAGAUUCGACAUGUUGCACGGGUUCCUACUGCAAUACUAGAAAAGAUGCCAAAAUCAAGUAUAUCAAGACUGCGCUCAUUCUUUUCAAAUAUCGGGGAGGUCUCUAAUACCAUUUUUCCAAAAAUUAGAGCUUUACGUGUCUUAAGUGUUUGUGAGACUGAGAAUCAGGAGUUGCCAUAUUCACUUAGCAAGCUGAAGCACUUGAGAUAUCUAGAUCUCUCUGAUGCAAAAAUCAAAGCACUCCCAGAGUCUAUUGGCAAGCUCUAUAACCUCCAAACAUUGAGAUUACCUUGGAAUCUUAAAAAGUGUCCGAAGGUGAUUCAAAAUUUGAUCAACUUGAGGCAUUUUUACUUUGGUGAGGAAAUGAAAUUUGAGGCUGGGAUUUUGGGGCGAUUAACUAAUCUCCGAAGAUUGCCCUUCUUUAAUGUGGGUGAGGAGAGAGGUCCUGCAAUUAAGGAGUUGGGUGGGUUGAACCAAUUGAGAGGCCACUUGAUUAUUAUUGCGUUAGAACAUGUAAGGGAUGGAGAAGAAGCAAAGAAGGCUGGCUUGGUGCACAAGAGUCACUUAAGUCGGUUAACAUUUGCAUGGACAGACAAUGAGGUACCUAAUGAAAACUAGACGGAGGUACUAUAUGGCUUGGAACCUCAUGGUAACUUGCAAAGCUUGAACAUUUACCAUUUCAUGGGUGCUAGAUUUCCGUCAUGGAUAUCAGCUGAAGGAGGAGAGGUCGUGAAGGUAUUUCCUUGCCUCGAAGAGUUGAGCAUAGACAAUUGUCACAGCCUAGAGUCGAUUCGGAUCACACAGGGCAUCGCAUCUCUCCUUGAAUUGAAGAUUUGCGAUUGUUGGAGAUUAUCAAGCCUAGAGGUUGGGCUCCAUAACUGCACCUCUCUUCAGGAGUUGGAGAUACGUGUUUGCCCUGUUCUGGUUUCAAUUCCAAUCCCACAGGGCAUGCCGUCUCUCCAGAAAUUGAAUCUCUUCAAGUGUAAUGGAUUGUCAAGCCUAGGAAGUGGGCUCAGCUACUGCACCUCUCUUCAGGAGUUGGAGAUAAAGAAUUGUGACAAUCUAACAUCAAUUCCAAUCACACAGGGCAUGCCGUCUCUCCGGAAAUUGAAUCUCUUCAAGUGUAAUGGAUUGUCAAGCCUAGGAAGUGGGCUCAACUACUGCACCUCUCUUCAGGAAUUGGAGAUAAAGGAUUGUUACAAACUAAGAUCAAUUCCAAUCACACAGGGCAUCGCAUCUCUCCGUCAAUUGAACAUCUGGGCCUGUAGGGGAUUAUCGAGCCUAGGAGGUGGGCUCAACUACUGCACCUCUCUUCAGGAAUUGGAGAUAAGGGAUUGUGAUGAAUUGACAUCAAUUCCAAUCACACAGGGCAUCACAUCUCUCCGAGAAUUAAAGAUUGAUAGUUGUUGGAGUUUAUUAAGCCUAUCGAGUGGGCUCCAAUUCUGCACCUCUCUUGAGGAUCUGGUUAUAACUGAUUGCUCUCAUCUAGUAUCCUUGUCAGUAUCAUAUGUGAAGUGCGACCACCCGGAGGAAAUUUCUCAAGGUGUUGAUGCGUAUUUGUCUGUACCGGAGGAGGAUUGCCGUUCUGUAGAAUCUAUUCUUGCUCGGUUGUUGGAAUUAAAUUAUGUGCCCACAGUAGAAUUUCACCACCUCACUCGUUUGAAGACACUCCGAAUUGGUGCGUUCUGGGAGGAGCUGGACGCCUUCCCUCAUUUUCAUCUUCCUCCUAAUUCACAACUUGUUGAGUUAUGGUUGUUUGGGUGGCCUACGCUCGAGUCUCUGCCCCAACAAAUUCAGCACUUGACUUGUUUAAAACAACUCUGGAUAUGUGAUUUUAAGGGACUAGAGGCUCUUCCUGAGUGGUUGGGAAAUCUUACAUCUCUUGAGUCUCUGAGUAUCUGCUUCUGUGAGAAUCUCAAGUAUCUGCCUACACAAAAUGCUAUGAAAAGCCUCACCAAAUUAAACAAGCUCCGCAGUGACGGAUGUCCCCUGCUCAAAGAAAGAUGCACCAAGGAGACUGGCCCAGACUGGCCCAAGAUUUCUCACAUCCCAGAUCUUCAGUUUGGCUAUUGGUGAUACGCAAUGCCUGCGUUACAAGGUUAAUCAUUUUCCACCUAAAGCAGGGCUCUAUCGUACCUGACGGCAAGAUCAAAUUAUGCUGAAUAGGUGAUGAUCACCUCUCCCAUGUAUGGCUUGUCUGCCGUGUUUCAUUGAAGAUAAGGUAUUAAUCAGCGUCCGCUAUAAGGAUGAGAAAUUGAGAUGUAUCCACCUAAAGUGGAAGCUAUGCAAACAAAAGAUGAGGACAGCUGACAUGAGUAGCUGGCUUCUUACAUUCCAAAGGUAGAUUUGUCCCAUUGUUUCUUUCCCUUUGUAAGUACUAGUUUUUGUGAUGGGGAAGUUCAUCCUCUAGUAUAACCAAAAAGACAUCGAUAAGGAUGAAACAUUAUUGUUCUUAUUUUGGGUUGAGGUAGAGAUGUUCAAUGGCAAUUCUUGUUAGUAAAGUACCUGCCAGACAAUUUCAAACCCUAGUCGAUUCAUUUGUGGUUGUCAGACAAUUGUGAUCCCUCCAACAAUGAUGUGAAGAAUUACUUACCGCUGAAUCUAGCAGGAACCUCACCAUAUUACUGCAUCUGGAAAUUAUUGGUUUUCACCAUCUAUGUGAAGUUAUGCUGAGGGGUCCCAAUUGUGAGAUUACUUGUAUUCCAAUAAUCUGGAUGGAUGCCAAAGUUAACAUUGAUAUCCUAGAUGCUCAGAUCUUUGUUUAAAAUCAACUGUAAACUUUCUUGAUCCCUUUCACCUCCACAACUGUAAACUAUCCACAGAUUCUUUCCUUCACAACUAUUCAGUGUAGCAAGUGUGUAAUUGGUCUUUUGUGGAAAAGCUGUUUGAAGC